AUGGUGAUCCGCGAAAUGAUUAGUGCAGCUAUUCAGGAUAUGCCGGAAGAUGAACGGAUCGUCCAGUUACUGCAAGGAUCUUAUAUAAAUUAUUUCCAUUGCGUUCGCAUAGUGGACAUUCUGAAAGACACGGAGCAGGAUACGAAAAAUUUCCUGGGAUAUUACUCAUCGCGUCGGAUGAAUGAUUGGAUGCAAAUCGAGCAGCUGUAUAAGAAAGGGAACGUAUAUCUAGCGGAAGCUGCACAGAUUUUGCAACGGAUGGUUCAGUACGAAAUUCCGGCUCUCAAAAAGCAAAUUCUGAAAAGUGACCAGAUAAUUGCGGAGUGCGAGAGGAAAGCAAGUGAUUACGCAAAGCAGGCUAUUGAAGGUAAAAAGCAGUAUGAGAAAGAAUUAUUGAAAAUGGGCAUUAAAGAUAUAAAUUAUUUUCAUUGCGUUCGCAUAGUGGACAUUCUGAAAGACACCGAGCAGGAUACGAAGAAUUUCCUUGGAUAUUACUCAUCACGUCGGAUGAAUGAUUGGAUGCAAAUCGAGCAGCUGUAUAAGAAAGGGAACGUAUAUCUAGCGGAAGCUGCACAGAUUUUGCAACGGAUGGUUCAGUACGAAAUUCCGGCUCUCAAAAAGCAAAUUCUGAAAAGUGACCAGAUAAUUGCGGAGUGUGAGAGAAAGGCAAGUGAUUACGCAAAACAGGCUGUUGAAGGUAAAAAGCAGUAUGAAAAAGAAUUAUUGAAAAUGGGCAUUAAAGGAGUCAACCUACGCCAAGAAAUAAUAGCGUUAUUAUCCGAUUUGUCGCCAUUCCAGCAUGAAAUUGUAAAUUUAAUACGGUUGCUGAACGAACCAAUGCAUUAUUACGAGCACUUUCGGAGCUAUCAGCAUCAAGGCCGAGAGCCAGCCGUAGAAUUGCUUCCGCUGUGCCGUUUGCUGAUGGCAAGAGGUGCGGAAGUGACAGUCUACGAAUGGAAAAACGGAUCGGAACCUACACGCAUCGAGAAACCGUCUUUGGAAGUUCUGGCCCGUGACGAGGUAAAAGACGCUGAUGAUGAAAUUGAUUUUGGCGAUGAUCCGAUAUCUUACAAAGAUGAAAUCGAUUUUGGUGACAGCGAUUUGAUGAUUGAAGUUGUAGGCGAUGAGAAAGCUCGUGAUUCGGAUGCAUUAACGGUGCUGGAAAAUCCGGACACCCGACAGCUUGUGUAUUUCGAAUUGAGAGAACUGGAAAAGUUUUUGGAAACGCGUAGAAUGGAUGAAAUUACGGAAAGUGCUUCCGAUAUAUACAUAUCAGGCAUGGAAGAUCGACCGGCGACAGUCCGAAAGGUCACUGUUGGCAAAAUAGAUGACUGGUUGAAAGAAGUCAGCGAGGUGAUAAACAAACUCUGUGAUGCACAGAAGGCACACUUAUUUCGCAUGCGUUCCUCACCUCAGUAUGUGGAAGAGCUUGCUGAAAAGCUGGAACAAAAACGCUCGCUUCAAGGGCGUUAUGAAAAAAUGCAGUCACUUAUGUUUGAGAAGCAGGACGAAGUACGAAACAAUGCGCAGAAAGCCCAAAUACAAUUGAAUGAAGUCUGCGAAGCUACCAAAACACUGCAAAAAGAAGUGAGUCUCACGUUGCAGUAA